GGAAACCCCUCUUCGUCGCUCCACGGUAUCCCGUUCUGCAGACUGGCACUGCGGCUGCAGGUUAUCUGGCGAUUACACCGACUGUGAAAAGUCUUCGGGAACAGCUCUGAGCCUGCCGCUCGUUGCCGAUACCGGGGAUUUUCGAAAAGGGUGCAUUACGUCGGGAAUUGUCAACAUGAUCCUGCUUCCUCGUUUUCACAUUGCCGCGGGGGGUUCUUUGCGUGACAGCCGGUGUGUCUUGGGAUUCGCUGCGAGACAUGAUGCUAGGCUUGUUUUCGUUCUUUUUGCCGUUCGUUCAUUAGGGGGGAAACCCAUGGCCCGCAGCUAUUCUUCGACUUUUUCCUCUUCUUUUUUUCUUCUCCUUGGUUUGUUGAUUUUCUGCAUGUCUUGCUCUGCCUUCCUCGUUUACGACAACUGUCAUGUACAGCUCUCCCGAGUCGCCUCCAUACUGUCAUAGUCAAUUGUGAAGAAUUUGGAUGAUAGCAUGCGGCAAGAGUU